AUGCUUGAGCUCUUAUGUGAUAACCCAGAAAUUCACGAUUUUUUAGAUCAAUUUCCGAAGUAUCAGUGGCGAAAAUGCAUAGAAGCCAGCGUUGUGGUAGGGAUUAAUAGAAUAAAAGAAAAGCACUCAGUAGUUACAUAUGAAACAGUAUUGCAAGAAGCAGGAUUUCAUGACAAAAAGAAAAAAGAUAUUGAAGAAGCUUUAGUGAAUAUGAAAAAAGACAUCCUAAGGAUAUCAAGUAAAGUUGAUAACUUGGAAAGUCGGCCAAAAACUAAUGAGAAGCUUAAUGAAAUAAUUUUACAGCAGAAUUCUGAGGAUGUUGGAUGAAAAUCUAAACAAAAUUUAAAACUGGGGAACCAGGAUACAAACUGUAUGGAUCCUUCAAGGAGCUCGUCAAGAUCCAAGCAAAAUAUAUCGGGGAUUCAGCAAAAUGCUACAAGCACCGCAGCAAUGAAAAUUAGCCAUCACCAGCAUAAUAAUGAGACGAAAGCUCAAAAGAAGUCUAAGCUUCCAAAAUACCUAGCAAGUCCCAAUAGUGGGCUAAAAGGCGAAUUUCAAAAAGAUGAGCUGCUAUAUAAUAGUAAAGGUGAAAUUGAAUCGCUAACAGAACCUCAGGAAUUAACAUGGGAGAGUCCAACCAAAAAAUUACGAGAAAUUAAAGGAAACCAAUUGCAAAAACCUUCAAGCCAGUAUAGAUGUGGAUCACUAUCCUCAUUUAGCUUUUCUCUAGACUUGAAAGAGCCUGAGACAUGCCCAAUAGAGCAAUUACAAAAUUACGUGAGUUCAAAGAACCUCCCGAAAGCUGAAAAAAUACCAAUUUUAAAAAAUAAGCCUCAAGAAAGCACAAUGCUUAAAAUCGCUGACGAUUUUUUAAAAAAUCCGUUUACUUCAUUUCUGGCUAAAGAGUCUUCAACUGUACCAGUUUCUCCUCAAGGAUUUACAAGUGCUUUAUCAUCUCCUUCUAAUAGGUUCAGAAUUCCUAAUAAAGAAGAAAUGCAAUACAGAUAUUAUACCUAAAUAAAAUCAAUAAAAAUAUUUCUACUGGUUUAUCCUUAUCCUAUUUACUAUUUGAGAAUAGGCUAGCGAAAAGUAAUAGGAAAUUGUAUAAUUACUGAAAAUUGUAUAA